CUUAUCAAUUUGUUUCUUGAUUCUUUUCAAUAAUCAUUCCAGUUUUCAACUUGUUUUUACUGGGAUUUGGUUUUCAGGUGUACCUUGGACAGAAGAGGAGCACCGGCUAUUCUUAUUUGGUCUCCAGAGGUUGGGUAAAGGAGACUGGCGUGGGAUAUCACGUAACUAUGUCAUUUCAAGAACUCCUACCCAGGUAGCAAGUCAUGCCCAGAAGUAUUUCAUUCGGCAGAGUAAUGCUACCCGAAGAAAGAGGCGUUCCAGCCUUUUUGAUAUGGUUCCAGACAUGGUCACAGAUACACCUCCUGUGCCAGAAGAACAGUUCUUGGUCCCGACUUCUCAGACUGGAGAAACUGACAAUGCAAGCUCAGUACCCUCUCUAAAUCUCUCACUUAACAUGGAAUUCGAACCCAUGGAAACAAUUUCCCAAGAGACGGUUAAAGAAGCUGAAGAAGCUGAAGAAACUGUGAUACCACGUAGUGAACUCCCACCAGUGGUUCCUGCAUUCUUCCCAGGUUAUCUACCCGUCCCAUUUCCAUUUUGGCCACCAAAUGCAGCUCCAGCCGAGGAAGAGAAGGAAUCCGAGUCAUCUCAUCAAGUCCUCAAGCCAAUUCCAGUCCUUCCCAAGGAACCUGUCAAUGUAGAUGAACUCGUGGGCAUGUCUCAGCUCAGUCUUGGAGAGAUCAACAACGGCCAUAUAGAUUCCUCACCGCCCUCCCUAAAAUUACUAGGGGCACCAUCAAGGCAGUCGGCAUUCCACACAAACACUUCAGUGGGUGGAUCGGAAUUAGGCAAGGGCAAGAACAGUGUAGUCCAAGCAGUUUGAAGUGGGAAGAAGGGGGGAGUUCUUUCCUUAUGCGAAAUUUUCAUUUUGUAUUAUAGUUCUUUUAAGGCCAUUAUCUUGUUUUGCUUAACCUUUCUCUAAUAGUAUGAAGUGGUAUUGCCCUUGUGUAA